ACCACUGUUGGAUGAAGUGCACAAAGCUUAUUGCAUGUAACAAACACUUACAUGACCUACAGCAUGGUCAGGAGGGGAUGUUGGUGUGGAUCCUGUUUCUGCUCUGCCAGGUGGGGGCACCUGCUCUGGCACAAGACCUCUGCCAGCGCGAUGCUCCAAACGGCUACAAAGUGCGCAUCAGCCUCAAAACUGCUUUGGGAGAGGAUGCUUAUGAAUGGAAUCAGAGUGAAAUGUUCUUUUUCCAAGCUACUAUGGCCUUUGCCAUGAGGAGGCACUUCCAAAUGGAAACAUACAAUGUCGACAACAUUAUCCUGUGUGUUCAGACUUCGAGGGUGUCCUUCUGGUUUGUGGUGACAUCACCAGACAACACCACCAUGCUUAUUCCUAAGGCAGAUGUGGAGAAAGCUGUAAGGAUGUCAAGGCAUCGCAUCAACAAUGCCUUCCUCCUGUCAGAUAGGACCCUGGAGUUUCUAGGAAUCUACCCUACACUAGCAGCGCAAGUCAACCCUGACACCCCUCCUUGGCUCAUCGUGUUUGGAGUGGUCAUAGGUGCUGUGUGUGCUGGAAUCAUUGCCCUGCUCGUAUCCUCUCUGCUUCAAAAGAGACGGAAAGAGAAAGGGAUGACAGAGGAUGGGCAGGAUGAAGAGGACAUGCAGGUGAAAGGAGUGGAGAAUGGCAUCAACCUGGAUGGCACUUACAAUAGAGGAUUCACAGAUGAUGAUCGCUUUACAAAGCUGUAAAUGCUUUUCCGGUACAAUGCUGCCAAGUAAGCACUCCAAAGACCCUUUUAUGCACUGUGUCUACAGUAAAACAGACUCUAGCCACAAGGUAAAUAAAUAAGUGAAAAGAACAGUAAGACGUGUAGCCUUCAACCUAUGUGAAUUCAAUGUGAAAUCAACAAAACAUGUCACCAUGACAUUGGAUUUAGGUUAAAAGUUUUGUGGAAAAAAAUACAAAAUUCCCUUAUGUUGAUGACUGUUUUAAAAUCCAAUCAGUUUUCCACAUUGAUUUAACUUCAUCGCAUUGAAUGUUUGUGGAAUCAACAACGUUGAUUCAAGCAGUUUUUGCCCAGUGGGUUCAAUCCAAUUGUAAAUGUAUGAAAAGGUCUAUUGCAUAUUUGUUUAUACUCAAUGAAUGAAUAAACAUUAUCUCAGUGGUAGUUUAUAAAUCAAG